UCCUUUUUAAUAGCUCAAAAUACUAACUGGUACGGUUAACCAUAUUUAAUAAUCCAUUGCUCUAUAGUUUAUCAAAGACGUUUUACGUUGAUGGCACAAUAUAUUCAUAUAUAUUGUCAAUUUUAAAGUUCCUCAUUUAUUUCCAUCGUAUAACUAAUUCAAUUUAAAAUUUUGUUCUUUAUACCUAGAACUAAUACAAUCAAGCCUGAAAAGAAAAAGAACGAUCUCGUUGAUAAAACUUUUAAAAUCCAUCCCGCCAAAUUUUAAGAUUUCGUUAUAAAGAAACGUAAUGAUCACAAAAAGUUUGGCUUGAUCUAAAAUUUGAAUUUAUUUUGUCUGAUUUGGUGUUGUAUGCUGGCAUAAACACGUCUUCCCUUUCAAAAUUUGUGCAAUUCACCAUGCACUUAUUAUAAUGUUGUUUCAACUAUAUUAAGAAAUUUGUAUUACUUAGCAUGGAAUACACGUGCGUUUCAAAAACUAGUUUGUUAAAAAGCUCUGCUACAAUAAGAAAUACAUAGGGCAGACAUUUUUUUGUAUUGGAAAUUCUAUAAAUAUGUUAUUGUAAUGGAAAAAGUUCUGUGUUGAUACGAUGAAUAGUACAUAAUGCUAUACAUUCUUACAUAAUAAUAAUUACAAAUUAAUGUUUAAAGUUAACGAAAAACGAAGACAAGACUCGUCUAGGUGAUACCAACUAGAUGGAUUGCACCUUAAUUAUUAGUUGUGUACUUGUGUUGGAGUUUUUAAGCUAAACUACAACUCUUGAAACAGAAAUAAAGGCAAGAAGAAGAGAAGUAAUAUUUGCUGCUGGAAAGAUAUUUUUUCAUUGAACUGAAAUGGUGUUUAAAUAUAGAAAAAUUCAACAACUAGAGCCUAGAUUUAAGCAACUACUUUGCACAUGAUUCCAUGAUCAACAAACUCCUAAAAAUCCCAACAAACUCUUAAAAAUCAGCAACUAAGUUAAUACUACUGAAAAUGGCUAAAAAACAGGAAAGAAUCCAACAACUUUUUUUGAACUUUUACUGCAGUAACAGAGACAGCUAAUCAACAAGUUGUCAUUACUCAUAUUUACCUCUUGCUGUUUGUAAAGAGUCUUUUUAAUCUAUAAAUGUCAAAAUAAGGAUAGGUAUGGAAUUUAGCAAAACUCCAAUAUUAGUGAACACUUAAUUUGUCUUAAGAGACAAAUCUGUUUUAUGUUGGAACAAAAUUUAGCUCAAAUAGAGAUACAUGGUGGUUCUUUAAGUCUUAAUCCCUGAAAGAAGAAAAUAAACAAAUAAGAUAUAUUUUUCCAAUUUAAGUAUUCUAGAAUAUGGUUAAUAUCAUUGAAAAGUAAAUGUUAUUCUACUUUCAUAUUGCUAAUUUAACCCUUUGUUUUUCAUAAGGUUGACAUUGAAAGUUUGCACAUAGGAGCUAGGAACUCUCACUCUAGAAGCUGUACUAUUAUAGAGAUGUGCCGAAGUGGCAUUUUCUUACCUUGUCUUUUCCAAAUCUAUCUGCAAUAAAUAAGAGACAAACUAUAUAGUAAUAACUACAUAUAUGUGUUGCAAAUUUGUUGUCAUUUACUAGGUUAGUUAAUGAUAUGUAGACCUUAGGUUAGGUAAACUUUAGAAUAUAUAUAUUUCCUGUUGAUUUUGACAUGCAAAAACAAUAUAUGUACCUUCUUACAUUGCCUCCUGAUGCAAAAUCACCUCUUUAUAUCUUCAAGGCAUCUAAACAUUUGCUUCUCACAGAACAAUCUUUUAUCAGUGGUUGAUCAAAACAAAUAUAAAAAAUGUCUCAGUUUGCUUAUCAUGCAUUUCUGAGUUUGGCAACAAAACUAGGCAAGUCCUUUGGAAAUCAUCUUCAUUCAGCCUUAUCAAAUCUUUGGUAUUCGAGCAUUCAGCGUUGAUGAACCUGAGAUAGAUGAAAAAGGGUGCAAAGAAUUGCAGAAAACAAUUCAAGGAUCAAGAAUUCUCAUUGUUGUCUUCUCAAAAGACUAUGCCUCUUCAGAGAGGUGCCUUGAUGAACUUGUGUUUAUACUUGAGAGCAAGAAAGCUUUUGGACGUUUCGUUCUACCUGUGUUUUAUGAUAUGUAUCCAUCAGAAGUCAGGAAACAAAAAGGGUGUUUUGAACAAUCUUUUUUAAUGUAUGAAGAGAGAUAUAAGUCUGGGACCGAUAAGGUGAAGGAAUGGAAGGCUGCUCUAUCAGAAGUUGCUGAUUUGGGAGGAAUGGUAUUACAGAAUCAAUCUGAUGGGUGUGAGUCGAGGUUUAUUCAAGAGAUUGUGAAGGUGGUGGCAAGAAAACUAAAUCGCGCAGUUUUAAGUGUUGCUGUCCACCCAGUUGGAAUAGAUUCUCGAGUUAGAGACAUAAAUCUCUGGUUGCAGGAUGGAUCAACAAGUGUUGAUAUUAUGGCUAUAUAUGGUAUGGGGGGAAUAGGUAAAUCUACACUUGCGAAGACUGCUUACAAUCUUAACGUUGACAAAUUUGAUGGCAGUAGCUUUCUUGCCGAUGUGAAUAAAACUUCAGAAAGACAUAAUGGUCUGGUAAGUCUACAAAGACAACUUCUUUCAAAUGUUCUAGGGAAGAAGGUGGAAAAGAUAUACAAUGUCGAUGAAGGAGUCAUCAAGAUUCAAGAGGCCAUCCGUUGCAGAAGAAUUCUUCUUGUUCUCGAUGAUGUGGAUGAUAGAGAUCAGUUAAAUGCUGUUCUUGGGAUGCGAGAAUGGUUUUAUCCUGGCAGUAAAAUUAUCAUAACAACCAGAAAUCAGCACCUGUUUAAUGCUAGUGAGGUCUGCAGAUGUAAGAUGUAUAAGGUCACGCCAUUGAAUGCUCAAGAAUCGAUUCGACUCUUCAGCUGGCAUGCUUUUCUAAAAGAAAAAUCUUCAGAAGAUCAUGAGGACCUUUCAGAAAAUGUGAUACUUCAUUGUAAAGGGAUUCCUUUAGCUCUCAAAGUUUUAGGUUCUUCUCUUUGUGACAGAAGUAUAGAGGUGUGGGAGAGUGCAUUGAGGAAGCUAAAGGAAAUCCCUGACAAUAAGAUCCUGGAAAAACUCAGAAUCAGCUACGAUUUGCUGCCAGAUGAUGAUGUACAGAAUCUAUUCCUCGAUAUCGUCUGUUUCCUUGUUGGGAAGGAUAAAGACUAUGCAGUUACUAUACUCGAUGGAUGUGGUUUUUUCUCAGUAGUAGGAAUUCAGAUUCUUUCAGAUAGAUGUCUGAUCGAAAUCGACAAGGAUAAGCUGAAAGUGCAUUCAUUGAUUCAAGAUAUGGGAAGAGAAAUUAUCCGCCUAGAAUCCCCUUGGGAGCCUCAGAAAAGAAGCAGAGUUUGGCGAUACAGAGAUUCCUUCGAUAUCUUGAGUGCAAAAACUGGAACUGCAGAAAUUGAAGGCCUAGUUCUUGACAAGGGAAUGCCCACAAAAUUGUCCAAAGUAGUUAAGUCUAUCAGAUCAUAUUACUUCAGUGAAGAUACUGGUCUGGUAGGUCCUAGAAAACGCUGUAAGAAUAUGGAGCAUUUUGAUGAUGCCAGCGCAGAAGUUUCAAACAGUAUAGAAUUUGAAGCUGAUGCAUUUUCCAGAAUGCAGAAGCUGAGGAUAUUCCAGCUUAGUUAUGUAAGAUUCACUGGAUUCUAUAGUAUGUUUCCAAAAAGUCUAAGAUUACUGUGUUGGUCUGGAUUUCAUAUGAAGACCAUUCCGGAGGAUCUCCCUCUAGAGAGCCUGGUUGCCCUUGAAAUGAAAAAAAGUUGUUUGGAAAAACCUUGGAAGGGAAUUAAGAUUCUCAGAUCAUUAAAGAUCCUCAACUUUAGUCAUUCCCAUUUCCUAAAAAGAACUCCUGAUUUUUCUGGACUUCCCCAUCUGAAAACUUUGAUCCUGAAAGACUGCAUUAAGUUGGUCAAGAUUCAUGAAUCAAUUGGAUGCCUUGACGGACUCGUCUAUCUGAACUUGAGAGACUGCAAGAAUUUAAGGAAGCUCCCUGGAAGCUUUUGUAAGCUCAAAUCUUUAGAAAAACUUAAUAUCUCUGGCUGUUCUAAACUAGUUACAUCAGCAAUAGAGUUAGGCAAGUUAGAAUCUUUGACAACCCUACAGGCUGAUGGAAUGAAUUUUGGUAAUGCAAAUUCAUCGAGGGCCCGCUGGCAAACUUGGUCAUCAAAGUUGAGAAGAUCCCCAGAUUAUAACCAGUUUUCAUUCUCUUCUUUAUCAAGUUCGCUCGUUAGAUUAAGUCUUGCUAAAUGCAACUUAACAGAUGACGCUUUAUCCUUUGGCCUCAACAACCUCCCCUCGUUAUGCUUCUUGAAUCUAAGCGAAAACUUGAUUUACAACCUGCCUCUGAGUAUCAAAACUCUUGGUAUGCUCCAAGACCUUUGGUUAGAUGGAUGUCCGAGCCUCCGUUCUCUGCCAGAGCUUCCUCCAAGCCUAGUUGAGCUGAAGGCAGUUAGAUGCUCAUCACUGGAAACAGUUACAAAUCUACCAAACCUAAUGUCAAAUCUCUUUUUAGAUGUCAUGGAAAGUGAGAAUUUAAGUGAGAUUUCAGGAAUUUUCAAGCUAAAGCCCAUUGAUAAUUUUGAAGUGGAAAUAUUGAAUACUCUAGGCCUGCUUCUCAAGCUGGAUAACACAGCAGAUACAGUGGUGGAAAUAUUUAAUAGGUUCACUAACACAAAAAGGAUAUAUUCAAUUCAACAGGGACUCUAUGAAUUUGGCAUCUUCAGUACUUAUUUUCCAGGAAAUGAGGUUCCAAGCUGGUUCAACAACAAAAGUGAACAGAGCAUGUUGACCCUGAAAGUAGAUUCACUUCCUUAUAUCAACAUAACAGGCCUGAUCAUUUGUGUUGUCUAUGCACGUUCUAGUCCUCGCAAAUUUCGCUAUUUUGGUGACGGGCAUACAUUUUAUAUCAAAGUCCAAAACAUUACAAAGGGCCUUAAGUGGAUUUAUGCCCCAUCAUUCAUUGGCAUUCCAGGAGAGAACAACAGGUUGACAUUUUUAUGCCACUGGAAGUUUGGGAAGUAUUUACAAACUGGUGAUCAGAUUAAUGUUUCAUUGCCUUGUUGGAGUAAUACUUUUAAGAUGAAAGAGUUUGGAGUUACCCUUGCAUAUAACAAGCCAGAAUUAGACCAGUCCUCAGCAUCUACUAGUGAAGCAAGAGUGCUUGCAAUACAACGUAUUCCAAUUAGUGAUUAUCAAUCCGAAGAAAGUGUCAUGGUAGGCUUUAUGCCUUCAUAUCAGUUGGCGGUUCAUCGUUACUACCUUUCUCACCCUGACUACUUUGUGAUCCGCGACAAUGCAGAUUCAGUUGUGAGGUCAAUUUUGAAUGACAAAUUGUUUGAGGAUGAUUAUGUGCAGACUGCAGGGUCUAGUGAUGAAGCAGGACCAGAAGAAGUAGAUGAUGAUGAUAGCAUCUUUGAUUACGAUGAGGAUGAAGAUGAUGAGGCUACACUAGCAGAGUUAGAGAAGAUAUUGCAAAGAUCUUGGUGAAAGAAAUGAAACAAUGGUGCAGCUAGCAGCGUAACACAUUGGCUGACCAACUCAAAAUAAUGGAUUUGUUAUACUUGAGGUGAAAGAUUAUAAACAUAUUGGCUAUGUAUCAAAUAGUGUAAAAUCAUUACUACUUUUUCACCCAGAAAUGUUUUUGCUUAAAGGCCGAAAAGGGAUAGGCAGCUGCAAAGUUGAUGUUAUACAGAUAUGUUUUAACCUUAAACCACAAUAAUCUACAUUUGUUUGUUUAUGUAACUACUAGUUUAUGAUUAGGUGCGUUGCACGUAUAUGUCAAACAUCAUAUUGAAGGCAACAAAAUUUGUCUGGCUUGUGAAGUAUCCUCCUUGGUUAUGCUAAGCUUACUUUCAACAUUGCAUGUACCAAAGACAUCCAGGCUUUGGUGCUGGUGAUUUUAAUGUUGAGGAAGA